CCUUUCGCGUGCCCGUCCCGGGGUUUCUUUUUGCUGCUGUCUUUGGCCUCUCGUUGGCUGCAACUUUUUGAGGUCUGCGCUUCCCCAAGCCGGAGAGGUCACUCAACUGGAGCACCCUCGAGCACCGUUUCAGAUUGCAAAAAGGGAGAGCGGCGGCAGAUCACUCGAGCACCAGAUCCCUGGAGCCCGCCGGGGCAACGGGGCUGGGUGCAAGCCCGGAGCGGGAAUGGGGCGUGCCGCCGCGGCGGUGGGCGUGCCGGUGUCGCUUUCCCCAACCCCGUGAGGCUCCUUUUGGCUUCGCGUCGCCGCCCCGGGACCGAGAGUCGUUCCUUGCCGCUUUUGGAUAGUCCCUCGCCGGGGGGUUGCAAAUUGGAGCCGGAGCGGCAGCCAUGUCCUCGGUGAAAGUGCUGUAUCCCCCCAAGAUCCACCACAGCGUGCUCAACCCCGGCUUCCCCAAAGAUGAGCCAGCUCAGGGAAAGGCUACCUUGAAGUCGCGCUACCACCUGGGAGCCUUGAUCGGCAGCGGCGGCUUCGGCACGGUGUACGCGGGGACACGGCUCAGCGAUGCCCUCCCGGUGGCCAUUAAGUACGUGGCCAAGGAACGAAUCUUGCAGUUUCACCAUAUGAAUGGCACACUGGUUCCGCUCGAAGUCCUUCUUCUGAAGAAGGUGUCGUCUGCCGGUUGCCGGGGCAUUAUCCGCCUCCUGGACUGGUUUGAGGAACCUGACUCGUACUUCAUUGUUAUGGAGCGUCCCCUCAUGUAUCAGGACCUCUUUGACCUCAUCACGGACCGGGGCCCACUCCCUGAAACCUUGGCAGCCAGUUAUUUUAAGCAGGUGGUUGAUGCAGUGCACCACUGCCACAUUUGCGGUGUAUUACACCGGGACAUCAAGGACGAGAACAUUUUGGUAGACCUUCUGCAUGGUGAACUAAAGCUCAUAGACUUUGGCUCUGGUGCCUUGCUCCGGGAUUCUCCAUAUACAGACUUUGAUGGUACCCGUGUCUACAGCCCUCCUGAAUGGAUAAAAUACCACCGGUACCAUGGACUGCCUGCCACUGUGUGGUCGCUGGGUGUUUUGCUCUAUGAUAUGGUGUGUGGGGACAUCCCUUUUGAACAAGAUGAAGAGAUCCUUCUUGGGAAACUCCACUAUCAUUGCAGGGUAUCUGCAGAAUGCCGUCACUUGAUCGAGUGGUGUCUCUCGCUGGUCCCGGAGAAGCGGCCAUCCCUGGAACAGAUCCUGGCGCAUCCGUGGCUCCUCACCUCCCUGGAGCACAGUGGUCGCAAAGUUCAGCUGCAGCAGCCCCCGAUCCCUAAAGCGAGCACCAGCCUGUCACUAUGAGGCCUUCUGGACAGCAUUGGAGGUGGCUUGGCAGACUGGACAAAAUUCUCCUCAGCCUCUCCUUCACCAACAGAUGGAUUGACUGUUGAAUAGCUGCCUUGCCGGGGUGGGGGGGGGGUGAUUCAUAAAAACCCAGGUCAAUGGCAGCAGUCAUACACAGCCUAACUAACUAGACAGUGGGGCUGUCUCACAGCCUUACCAAUGUAAUAUAACAGACCAAUGAGCACCGCUCCGUUUACAUAAGGACUCUCGGCCGUAUCCUGUUCACUGACGAGGCAUGGAAGAUUGGCACCAAACAAGCAGCAGCCAAAGACUUUUAGGGCUGUCUGGCUUCCCCCCCCUCCCCCUUCCACUCCAGGAUGGAUAUCAGAGAUGAAGGAACUUGGAACUUCCUUGAGGAAGCAGGACUGGAUGAAUAUUUUCAGUGUGUCAUGGAUAUGGUGAUAGGUCACCUGCAGACAACAGCUUCUAUUUAUUUAGUAUGAUGUUCCUUUGGGAACCCUGGCUGGUUCCUGCUGUGCUUACAAUAAGUGUCACACCUGUUUUCCCCUGACAUGGAUGUUGUAUUCUCUCAUCCCUCCAGCCCAUCUUUCCAUUCCUGGCCAGCCAUUCCAAGUCUGAAUCCAUCUGUAAACAAUAGGCCUGGUUUCUCUCUCCUUGAUUUGUAGGCUGAGGGAAUUUUUUUAAGGAGGGUGGGAGUACAGUGUAGCACAAAGGUAAGACAAGCACAAAUAUUUGGAAGAUUAAAAAUCCAGAGCCCUGAACUCCUUAUAGUAAUGAGGACUUGACUUGGGCGGUGUGAUCACAAUAGAGAAGACAUCCUUGUAAAUCUUGACUGAGUGCUGCAGAUUUUCAAAGAAUGCUCCACAUCAGUUUUGAUUUUUCUCUCAAGCUUCCUUCACUUUUCCCAGCUCUUUAUCCUGGAGAAGUUUGAAGCAGUGUUCAUCCAGGAUGUACAGAAACCCUUGGUCACUCAAGAGCUGGCUUGCUGACUUGAAUUGUGGGCCUUUCUAGUGCAUUUUUUCCCUCACCCUUGUUCUUCCCCAUAAUAGACUUAACGGAACAACAAGAGCUUGUGAUCUUGACCCUGAAUUUAGGGAACCUGCAGCCUUAAGGUAGUAAAAACCACUAGGGGCUUUCAAUUUGGUGCCUUGUAGUAGGGGAGUAGCAGAAUAAACCUUGUGGGCACCAUUCUUUGGCAAUAAGAGUGCAGAUUUCUGUAAAUGUUAAGGUAACUGAUGGGGCCCAAUCUCUGACAAGUUCCCCGAGCUUCUUUGGCUUGAAUGGGGAGGACAGCUGUCUAGUCCAUCACUGUAGAAUUCCUGUUUUGCUAAUUUCUGUGGGGGAAAUAGAAAAAUGGAUCCUGACUCUUAGGACAGUUAAUUAGUUGAGGGGGAAAGGGCCUGGAGACUAAAUCCCAUUUCACAACCUCCUAGUUGAGUAACCUUCAAGUGCCUUAAUAUGAGCUUCCUGGCACUGCCUCCUUAGGACUUGUUUACACCAGCAGGGAAUGGGGCAGGAUACCAGCCUGGAAAGGUUUUUGCUGUAAGAGCCAGAAUCCAGCCUUGGGAAGUCCCAGCAUCAAUUUCUGAGCCUGCCUUCUUUGGCAAUGUAGCUGAAUAGUAUAUUUAUAUUGCAUUUCAGGAUCUGAUUUGUGGAUUUUUAACAAAUUGUCUCAUGCACACUUGCAAUGCCGUGCCUGUUUAAGGCUCCAACAACCAAACCCUUUCUGGGAUUAAAACAUUUUUUAUAAGAAAA